AAAUUCUACGGCUAGAGAUAAAAGAGAGUGUCUCACUUCACUUCCGAGCAAUCUCAGCCGUUGCUUUACAUUCACCGACAGUCUCUGACUCUCUUGUCUUAAUAACCCCCUGCCAUCCUAGGAAGAAUCGAAAGAGCUAGAAAAUGAUCAGAGCGUUUUUCCUCUUACUUGUCUUCUUCAUCAUCGGGACGCAAGUCCACGCGCAGCUAAUUCCACCGUCGAAGCCCGAUGGUUUCGUAUACCCACCGGGUCGCCGUGUUGACCCGGAUACAAUACUAAUCGAAGCGUUUUAUGACCCGGUGUGCCCGUACAGUAGAGACUCUUGGCCGCCGCUAAAGCAAGCUCUUAAACACUAUGGAUCUCGCGUUUCCUUGCUCCUCCACCUACUUCCGUUACCGUACCAUGACAAUGCGUAUGUAACUUCUCGUGCUUUACAUAUAGCGAACACUCACAACGCUAAUGCUACCUUCAGUUUGCUGGAAGGGUUCUUUAAGCAUCAGGCAAUGUUCUACGGUGCGCAAACACAACUCCUGACUAGACCUGAAGUUGUGGGAAGAAUUGUCAAGCUUGGAACAGCUACGUUGGGAAACUCAUAUCGACAUGUUCUCAAAUCCGGCUUCAACGACACAAAGUCGGAACGUGCAACCAGAGUUUCAUUUAAGCAUAGCACUUCAAGAGGUGUUUAUGGAACACCAACCUUCUACGUGAAUGGGUUCAAAUUGCCGGAUGCUGAUACUCCCUCUGAACUUGGAGGAUGGAAAAAAAUUAUUGAUUCUCUGAUUCAUCCACAAAAGGUACAAGGUAGCUAGAGAUGCAAGAUGAUCUCGUUUCCUUUAUUUGACGAUCUCGAGUACUUAACCUGUUUUCACAUCCAUAUAAUGUAAAAAUAAUAGUGCUAUUGCUGUGUGAUGUGACAAUAUUCACUGUAUAUAUGUACUUGGUCAAAACCUGUCUAUUGUUCAAUGAAACAUCGUCAUUGAAUGACAUGUUGGGUUUCGAUUUAAAUAAGACAAAAGUAUUAC